AUGGCGGCAACCGACCACGGCCUACGUCCUGCCCGCCUACAGGAUCGUAUCGUGAAGCAGCGUUUCCUUAUUGAUACAGGGGCCCAGCUGCUCGGAACUCGCCAUAUCCACACGACUGCCUAUCACCCCGCGGCGAAUGGGCUAGUCGAGCGACUACACCGGCAGCUGAAGGUGGCACUCACUGCUCACGCUAACCCCGCGCACUGGAGCCAACACCUUCCCUUCGCACUGCUGGGCAUCAGAUCCUCCGUCAAGGAAGACCUUAGCUGCAGUUCAGCAGAGUUGGUGUACGGCUCCCGCUCCCAGGUGAUUUUCUCACCCCCAGCCCCGCCAAGCCCCAUCCAUCCCACACCGCCUACAUCGACAAGCUCCAUGACUUGUUCCGCUCCAUCACCCCGGUUGCGCCGCGCAUGCCGACGCAGCAAACCGUUUUCGUCAUCCAGGACCUCAAGAACGCUUCGCACGUGUUCAUCAGAACCGACCGCGCAAGCCACCCCUUACGCCACACUACUCCGGACCGUACCCUGUGCUCUCCCGCACCCCCAGACCGUCGUCGUCGACCUCAGUGGCAAACACGACACGGUAGCCCUGGAUCGCGUGAAGCCAGCGUACGUCUCCUCCGUCAUCCCCUCUAACACCUACUUGGACCUUUCCGCCUCUUCAGCCACACUGAAGCCCGAAGCCCACACAGCCCGAAGGACUGUUACAUGGUCCCUUUCUUCCGACCGUCUCCAGCCGGACGACGCUCUAGAGGGGGGAGCCCUGUAG